AACAGUAAGGAACAGUAUAUGCAAAUAAUGAUUACAUGGAAAUCAAAAUAGCACAUGUUUAUGCAAUUACUUGCAUAUACUAACUUGUCCCUCUGCCUGGCAGGCCGGCUGUGUUUCUCUGCGCUUCAAGUUUCCCUGGGCACAGGCUCCACCUCUUGGGUUCCUGCCCUUCCAGACCACACAGCCAGCACCUUCCCGAGAGCAGACACGGUCAUGGCUACAACUUUUGCCCCCAAGGCUAGCCAGAUUCUGAUGACCCCGGAGCCACACUACAUCCCUGGCUACGGUGGGCACUGCCCCCGUUACAAGUUCAUGCUGGGCCAGACUUAUGGGAAACUGACCUCGCAGCUGCUCACUAGCCCCCAGGCGGAUCACUCUGGCCGGCUGCUCCUGCAGCCCAACUGCUCCCCCAGAAACACAGAGGAGCCUCUGGAGCAGAACGAGAGCGGAGGAAAGCUCCCCCUGCUUGGCUGCAGCACCGUCCCAGGUUACACAGGAUUCAUCCCUCGGGCCCAAAACCACUUUGCCAAGACCUACAGCGAGAUCUGCAAGGAGGCCAGGAGCGAGUUUGCCCGGCAGCUGCUGAGGGGAACCAGACAGCGGCAGGCCUGGAAGACGGCCGGAGGGGAGUCUCCGAAGGACACGGAGCCGGAGUCUCACAGCCUCACCCCCAAGUGCAAGACCCCCCUGGCCGCCGUGUCAAAAGCUGCCGCUCCAUACGUGUCUCGCUACGCCUUCCGGCCCCAGGGGUCUCCCUACUCUCUGGAGGACAGCAACCCACAGAGGCACUUCAUCUCAGGCUUCACUGGCUUCAUCCCUCGUGCCCAGUAUCUGAUUGGGGCAAGCUACCCAGUCAUCACCCGCCGGGCUCUGGCAGAGUUUGACCGGAUGCAAUGGAGGCAGAGGCAAGGGCCUUCUGGGAGCGGCCGUGAUGCCCAGAAAGGUGGUGAUGCCCUCCCUCCACUGACAAAGACCUACCCCACAGACACGGGCCUCCUGCCCCACUACAGGGGCUACGUUCCAGGUUACAAGUUCCAGUUUGGCCACACCUAUGGCCAGCUCACCUUUGACGCCCUGGGCCAGAGCACCCUGGAGAAGCAGGUGCUGGAUAGGGAGCCAUGAUGCCCCCCUCCCCCAGGAGCCACGUCUGCCCCCUUGUUGUGUGUGUGGUGUAAGGAAGGAAAACCAGCAGCCAGAAAGGAAGAGGACGCCCUUCAACUGCCCCUCUUUCUCAAACAAAGGACCUUUUUUGGGUGGGUGGGGGGGAUGAAAGGGUGCUGGAGGAUGGGCAGCUCCCUGUUCUGGACUUUGGGGGUGGACCGGAUAGCCUUCUAGUUCCCCCAGCUCUUUGAAUCUAUGGGGUCUGUUUCUCAGGAGGGUGGCUCUUUCAGGGCGGGGAAGGUCCCAGAGGGUUCAGCCAUGUUCUGGGAAGCCCAGAGGCACCCUUUGGAGAAGGGCAGCAGGAGAAGAAGCCUUUUCCCCGCCCCGUCAGCCUUCCUCUUGCUGGAGGCUCAGCUGGAGGCCGGGAGAGGACCACCCUUGGGGCAGGCAGCCUGAAAUGAGUGGGUGCAAGGCAGCAGGUCGGAUCUUGAGAAGAGGGUCCCUCCUGCACAGUUUGGGAGAGGGGAAUGUGGCAUGUGGGGCCAGAGGCCUGUAGGGACCCACAACAUUUAAAGAAUAUCAACCAGGGCAUGUUUAACCUGAAAACAAGAGGAAACUGUCUCCGCUUUUUGCUUCACUUUGGGAUGUGGGAGCUGCACAUGUCAAACCUCCCGCAAAACAGGAGGGACUUAAAAGUGACAAGAAAAUCCCUUAAUUCAGGAUUGUUGUUUAGUCAUGUCCGACUCUUUGUGACCCCAUGGAUCAAUGCCUUGUCGUGGCGAAGGGGCUUGAAUAACUCAGAGAAGCUAUGAGCUAUGCCAUGCAGGGCCACCCAAGAUGGACAGGUCAUAGUGGAGAGUUUUGACUAAACGGGAUCCACCUGGAGAAGGAACUGGCAAGCCACUCCAGUAUCCCUGCCAAGGAAACUCCAUGGACAAAGACAACAGGCAUAUAAUUCAGGAUACUGGUGGGCUAUUUUUUUGGGCCGGGAAAUGCACAAAACGUCUCUAAUUUUAGCUACACAUUUUCCAGCCAUGGUCAGGAUUUAGUUGCCACUUGCUAGGAAUGAGCAGAACUACUUUGAAAUCAGCCUCUGCAGAAAACAUCCCAAAUUCACCCCACUUUUCACCUCUGGGCUUCCAGGUAGCUCCAUUUGAAAGAUAGGUAAGAGAAAGUCGCAGCUACUGCUGGGAUACGACCCCAGAUGACUGAAAUUAAGUAGAUGGGGGAAUGCCAGUGCCAAGUGGGGUGGGGUGGGGAAUCAUGGCCCCAUGAGAUGAUGAGGGCCCACCUGAGAUCAGUUCUCUCCUACCUGCACCCACCUGCCCUUCCUUCUCUUUAGCAGAGUCUUCUGUAACUUUGGGAUGCAGUAGGCAGUAGCGCCACCUUCUGCAGCCAGGGGCAAAAACUGUACCGCAGCCAUUUGAAGGGAAGCCAGAGCUCAGUGAAGACCCUGCCUGUCAUGGGAAAGAAACCCCGGGUUCAAGCCCCGAGGCCUUCUCCGGAGGGAGAGGGGAAGGGGACGGGAGAAUCACAGAACCAUGGGAUCCGAAAGAUGGAAGGGUUAUGUAGCCCAAGCCUCCUGCAACACAGAAAUCACAGCAAAAGUCUCUCCGAUUCUCCUUGCCUUAUAGAAAUUUUAAUUUUAAUGUAUUUAGUCUUGUUCUUAAGUUGUAGUUUAAUCAGUUGUUUUAUAUCUAGUGUUAGCCGCUCUGAGCCUGGCCUUGGCUGGGGAG